CCGCGAUGCCGGAGCCGGAGCCUGCUGCCGACGAGCCCCCGAGGAAGCGCUCGCGCUGGGACAGCACGCCCGGCGAGGGCGGCGCGGUCGCCAACGGCGCGGCCGCGGCGGCGAUGUCGCAGGGCCUCGCCGCCGCCAAGCUGGCGGCGCAGGAGGCGCUGUCCAAGGCGCAGGCGGACGUGCAGACGCAGGCGCUGCGCGCCGCCCAGAUGCAGCACGCGGUGCAGGUCGGCCUCUCGAGCCUCGCCGCCAAGCCCGACGCGGCCGCUCCGAAGCCGUCGCUCGUGACGCUCGACGCGAGCGGGCGGCUGAUCGAUGAGCGGGGCAAGGAGAUCAAGGCGGGCGGGGCGGGGUCGAACGCGACGCUGCGCAUCAACCAGACCACGAGCGCGCCCAAGAACCCGCUCCUCGAGGGCUCCGCCGCCGUGCCCGACAUCGCGUCCAAAGCCGACGGCAGCCGGAACCCGUACUUUGACCCGCGGAUGGCGGUGCCAGGGGCGGGGCGGGACGCGAGGAAGAAGCGGGCGCUCAACUUCGUGGCCGAGGGCACCUUCUCGCGCAAGGCGGACGAGAUGCGCGCCAAGGUCGCCGUCGAGCAAAUGCUUCGCGACUCGCGGACCAAGCAGCCGGGCAGGCUAGCCGCACAGCCGCUGCUGCUGCAGAGCGAGGCGCGCCCGUCCGACGGGCUCGCGGCGCCGGUGAUGUCCGCCGCCACGCUCAAGCUCGAGCUGCAAAAGGACGGCGUGCUCCUCGAGCACAUCACGCACUACGUCGAGCAUCCGGAGAGGAAGAAGCUGCGCACGCAGCGGCGGCUCGCCGCGGAGAAGGAGAAGCAGGACCAGAUUCGGUGCGGCUUGAUGGCGCCUCCGCCGCCGAAGAUCAAGAUCUCCAACCUGAUGCAAGCGAUGAAGAACGAGGCGGUGGCGGACCCGUCCGCCCUCGAGGCCAAGGUGCGCGCCGAGAUGGCGCAGCGCGUCAAGAACCACGAGGAGCGGAGCGAGCGCAACCUCGCGCGCAAGCUGACGCCCGCGCAGCGCCGCGAGAAGAAGCGGCGGAAGAUGCUCAACGACCCGAGCGGCGGAGGGACGCCGGUGACGCUCUACCGCAUCCACACGGUGCCGAACAAGCAGAAGCUGUACAAGAUCGACAUCAACGCGCAGCAGAACCACCUCACCGGCGCGCAGCGGCGCUACCGCAAGCUGCUGCUGCACCGCAUCGAUUGGACCGACUUUGGCGCGGCGGACGACGACGACGACGAGGACGACGAGGAGGAGGCGCGGCGGCGCGCACAGUCGGAGGUGUGCCAGGUGGUGUGGGAGGGGCUCGUCGUUAAGCCGCAGUUCAAGAACUUUCGCGUCGAGGCGGCGCGCUCGAGCGAGGGCGCGCGCAAGAUGCUCGCGGAGCGUGGCUGCGCGCACUACUGGGACAUGGCGCGCACCAACGGCGCGGAGGGGGUGCCCGAGGAGGACGAGGACGAGGACGAGGACGAGGACGAGGAGGCGGGCUCGUCGGACGAGGGAGAGGGCGAGGGCGAGGAGGAGCGAGGGGCGGGCGCGGCGGGGAGCGGCGCCGCCGAGGGCGACGCGGCGCGCGACGACAUGGAGACCGAGGGGUAGCUGCUGGCGCGCGGUGGGUUGCCGAUUGCGCAGGGGGAUGCCGCGGACCGCAGGAGUCCUGGGCUCCCACUCCCGUCCCUUUUGCUAUCCCUCUCUCCCGCGCCGCGUGGUUGUCCCCUUUACUUUGCGUUGCAGCCACGUCGUCACGCACACCGGUGACACUUGGGGAAGCUUAUGGUUUAGUGCUUUCAUGAUGCUGUAUGCGCGCGGAUCGCGCGACCGC